AAAGAAGAACCAGUAAAUGUUUUGCACACGUAUACAUUUCCUGUGAAUAGGACAAUAUUAGCAUAAUUUUCACACACGAUCGCUCUAAGUAUGAUGGACUAAAACUUUUUGUGGUUUGUCAUUGAACAAUAAUGGUAACCGACUUGUUUUAGGUAUUUACAGCGCUACAAUUUUAUGAUUUUGAGUAGUAGGAAUUGUAACAAUGAUGAAGGCUGACGAAAACACGCUCCUUCUGUCGUCAAAUAGUGACAGUUCACCGAUAAAGAUUGGAUUUCAGCCGUCCAGCUCCACUGAAUCGAGAGAAACACCACAUGAAGUAUCUUUUAAAUCAUUGUUUAGGUUCAUCGAUAAAACAGAUAAAGUGUUACUAAUUCUUGCAACGAUUGGUUGCUUCAUCUAUGGAUUUGUAUCCCCUGCACAAUUCAUUAUUUUUGGCAAAUCAACGGACGAUUUUGUCGAGUACACUCUGUGGAAAAUGAACAUCAGUAACUCAACUGAACCAGACCUUGAAGAAUCAUUAACAACUAUCGCGUUAUGGUACAUUGCUAUAGCUUUCGCUAACUUUAGUUUUGCCUGGAUGGGUCUAGGUCUUUUUGGUCUGGCAGCUCAACGACAAGCAUAUAAAAUGCGUGCAGCUCUUUUUCGAAAUGCUAUUUACCAAGAAGUUGGUUGGUUUGAUGAAAAUUCCAGUGGUGAACUCAACUUUAUUCUAUCAGACCAAAUUGAUAAAGUUGCUGAUGGCAUUGGUUAUAAACUGGGCAACAUGGUGUCCUGUCUUGUAUCACUGAUUGCUGGUCAUGUAAUUGGAUUCAUAUACUGUUGGCAAAUCUCUUUGAUCUUGGCGUCUUUGUUUCCUGUAAUGAUCGUACUCGGCACAUUUAUGGCAAAGGCCACAGAAAAGUAUACUCGUGAAGAACUUGUAUCAUACGGAAAAGCUGGGCACGUAGCAGAACAAAGUAUCUCCUCCAUCAGGACUGUAGCCGCAUUCGGUGGUGAACACAAACAGUCAGAAUUAUACAACGAGCAUCUAGGAGAAGCGUGUAAAUUAGCCAUAAAAAAGGGACGUGCAUCUGGAAUUUUCAUUGGCACGUUUAUGCUUGCGUUGUAUUCAAAUUACGGUAUAGCUAUCUGGUAUCUGAUACAUCUUGUAAAGAACGGAGACGCUUCACCAGGAGACGGUCUAACAGCAUUCUUCGCCAUUACAACUACGGCUGCAGUCCUUGGACAAACGGCAACAAGCAGCAAAGCUAUUGCUGCAGCCAAAGCUGCAGGGUACACAAUACUAAACAUCAUUGACAGACAAUCAAACAUCGACGCAUCUACAAAUAAUGGUUUGACACCAGUCAUCAAUAAAGGAGUUGUAGAAUUUCUUAAUGUAGAUUUUGUCUAUCCCACAAGAAAAUCUUUACGGAUUUUGCAGAACUUCAGUUUAAAAAUUCCAAGUGGAAAAACGGUCGCUCUAGUUGGCGAAAGUGGUUGCGGCAAAAGUACUGUAGUGAAAUUGAUCGAAAGAUUCUAUGAUCCAGUGCAAGGAGCAGUGUUCAUCGAUGGUUAUAAUAUCAAAGAUAUAAAUGUAUCCCAUCUUCGAGGUUUCGUGGGAAUUGUGAACCAGGAGCCAGUGCUUUUCUCAGGUACAAUUGCAGAGAACAUUGCCUACGGUUUUGAGAACGUUUCUCAACUUGAAAUAGAAGAAGCAGCAAAAUUGGCCAACGCUCACGAUUUCAUUAAAAAAUUUCCACAGGGUUAUCAAACACAAUGUGGGGAACGUGGAGCAAAAAUGAGUGGUGGUCAAAAGCAACGUAUAGCCAUAGCAAGAGCCUUAGUGAGAAAUCCUAAAAUAUUAUUGUUAGAUGAAGCCACAUCUGCCUUGGACUCUGAGAGUGAAGCUGUCGUACAGGAAGCACUAGACAGGGCAGGAAAAGGAAGAACAACAAUCGUGAUAGCACAUCGGUUGUCCACCAUAAAGAAAGCAGACAUGAUCGUAGCAAUAAGAGAAGGAAAAGUUAUUGAAACGGGUACUCAUGAUGAAUUAAUGUCGUUUAAUGGACUGUACAGCUCAUUAGUAAAACUACAGGAUCAGUAUCAGGAAGACGAUAAUUUUCAGAACAAAGAUGAUGACGACAUGGAUGCUGUCGUUAAAGAAGAGCAGGCUUUUCAAUUGAAAUCAUUGAGCACUGUAUCUCAAAGUGAAGACAAGUCUAGACACUCUCAACUACAGACUGAACAUGACGAUAUUCCAGCAGUGUCCUUUUGGACUAUUUUGAAAAUGAAUGCUCCAGAGUGGAAGUCUUUAUUUGUUGGCUGCAUUGGUGCUGGUCUUUGGGGAGCGUAUCCCGUCUUUUAUGGCAUUGCAUUUGGAAAAAUAUACGAGGCAUUUGGACACGACACAAGAAAGCCAAAGGAAAGAGAUGCAAUGGACGACGAGGCGCGAGAUUUAUUGUUUUUCUACUUGUUCAUUGCCUUUAGUUCAGGUUUAGGUGGUCUUCUAAGGGAUUGGUUUUUGUCCAAAGCUGGAGAACCUUUAACCCAAAGGCUAAGAGAGCUCUCGUUCUCAGCCUACAUGAGGCAGGAAACAUCAUAUUUUGACGUCACAUCACAUGGUACCGGAGCAAUUUGCACGUCAUUAGCAGUUGACGUCUCCGUUAUCAAAGGGGCAACUGGUCCACAACUUGGUCUCUUGUUGGGUGCGGUGGUAUCAGUGAUUGGUGGACUUAUCGUUGCUUUCACUGGCUCUUGGCAGUUGACUUUGAUUAUGUUGGGCUUUAUGCCACUACUUUUUUUUGCUGGCUUGCUGACACACAAAUUAUCAAAUGCCCUAAGACAUACUGCACAAAGUGACGAGAGUAUUGCUUCCUCUGGUCAGGUGGCAGAGGAAACAUUCUCAAAUAUCCUGACAGUUGUGUCAUUGGGACAAGAAAGAAAAUUUAUUCAGAAAUAUAAAGCAACACUUUCUAUACCACUAAGGAAGGCGAAAUGGACAAGUCAGUUCUCAGGUUUAGCAACAGGCUCAAUGAUGGGUACAGUUUCAUUAUCACUGGCAGUUGUUUUUCGUUAUGGUGGAUAUCUCAUCGUGAAAGGUGAUAUAACUGUCGCAGAAAUGAUGAAGUCAAUUGUAACAAUUCUAGUGGUGGCCAUCAUGAUUGGUCAAGUUGCUUCGAUUACUCCAGACUAUUAUAGUGCAAAAGUAGCAGCAGACAAAGUGUUCUACCUUAUUGGUAAUACACCACAUAUUGACUGCUAUUCAAAUGCAGGCAAAAUACCAAAUUCCUGUAAUGGUGAAAUUGAAUUUAAAGAUGUUCAGUUUCGUUACCCAACUAGACGAAAUAUGAAGGUUUUAAGAAGCCUAACCAUGACUAUCAAACCUGGUCAAACUGUAGCAGUGGUUGGUACAAGUGGUUGUGGCAAGAGUACCACUAUUGCCUUGAUUGAACGUAUGUAUGAUAUUAACUCAGGAUUUCUGAUGAUCGACGGCGAAGAUGUAAGAGAAUUAAACUUGAAAUGGCUUCGUAGUCAGAUUGGGCUUGUAUCUCAAGAACCUGUGUUAUUUGAUCUUUCCAUACGAGAUAACAUUGCUUAUGGUGAUACGACAAAGAUAUUUGCUGACAAAGAUAUUGAAAUAGCCGCUAAAUCUGCAAAUAUUCACGAUUUCAUUUCAUCCUUACCUAAAGGCUAUGAGACAAUGGUUGGUGACAAAGGCACCUUGCUUUCUGGAGGUCAAAAACAGAGAAUAGCUAUCGCAAGAGCGUUAAUUCGCGAUCCAAAAAUACUUUUACUAGAUGAAGCAACUUCUGCAUUGGACAGCGAAAGUGAAAAGAUUGUUCAAGAAGCGUUGGAAAAAGCAAGCAUUGGUCGUACAACUAUAAUCAUAGCUCAUCGUUUGUCUACAAUUCAAAAUGCUGACGCUAUAUUGGUUUUACGUAAAGGCAGAGUUGUCGAACGCGGAACUCAUCAUCAACUAAUGAUGAUGAAAGGAAUCUAUUAUGCAUUACAUAAAUCACAAUCUUAAGCCACAAUCUUAAAUCACAAUCUUAAACCACAAUCUUAAAUCACAAUCUUAAACCAGUCAACAAUGACGAUAAUUUAUUGAGUGACCUUUCCAAACCGCAAUUCUUCAACCAAAAUGUCUUAAAUGCUAGAGUUUAAUGAGCAGAAAUAUUAAUUAGGUUAAUGCUUAAAUUGUUAUUGAUAAAAGAGACAUUCUGACUUAUACAAAACACUGACUUUCUUAGCCCUUCAUUAAACUACAGCAAGAUGUUUUA